AUGGAAACGCCCUUCUCCUGGUCCUCCAGCAGAGGCGCGGUCCUCAGAGUGAACAUGCGUCACCUGUCGCUAGUCGGAGUGUGGCCUCUGAGUGCUUUCCGCCUUUACGAAGUCUACGUCAUCAUCGUUUUCGCUAUGGGCGUCUGGAACUUCGUCGAAGGUUCGCUGUGUGUCUCCUACAGCUGGCGAGACCUCGAGGCCACGACACUGGUGGCAGCCAACAUGUUCACCAUGGGCUGCGGAAACGUCAAGAUGCUCUUCUUCACUCGGGACCGACGGCGGUACCACUCUAUGGCCCGGCGCGUCGACUCGCUGAUGUCGCUUCAAAGCGAGAGCUGCUCCAGUGAUCCUGCGCUGGAGACAAUCGUCCAGGCAUCCCGCAGGCGAACUGCUCGCCUCACGCAGGGCAUGCUGAUCUUCAUGGCAUCGCAAGGCCUGGUGUGGUUCCCCAUGCCGCUUAUCGGCCACCCAGGCGAACGGCGCCUCCCGUUUGCGCAGCAUCUCUGGGACAACAACACCGCCUACUACGAGCUGUCUUACGCCGUCCAGUGCGUGGUAGGCUUGUGGAUGGCCCAGAUCAGUGUCGGCAUGGACUGCCUGUUCGCGACGAUCAUGAUACUGGUAGCUGCACAACUCGAGGUUCUCGCUCUGAGGGUCGGCAAGCUGAGGGCAGACGAGAGUGGAGCAGGUGAAGGUCGCCGAAUGCAGAGCGAAUCUUCCGUGGCUCACGACAAAAUGUACAGAGACCUGUGUCGUUGUAUCGAAAGCCAUCAGGAAAUACUCAGGUUCGUCAGGUACCUAAAUGGCGUGAUGAGCCCAAUAGCUAUGACGCAGUUUGUCUUCAGUGUUCUCGUCGGCUGCUUGGUGCUCUUCCAGGCAACCUACAGUACUGACAUCACUACAGUUAUCAAAUGCAUCUCUUUUCUUCCCAUUCCAGGAGGCCAGGUUUAUCUUUAUUGUUGGGCUGCUCACCUGAUAAUAGAUCAGGCAGAUGCGGUUUCGACUGCAGCGUACUGCUGUUCAUGGGUGGAUGCAGAUCCACGAUUCAAGAGAGCCAUGAGGAUCCUCAUCAGCCGCGGCCAGAAACCACUCCUUCUAACUGCUGGAUAUAUCUACCCGAUCAACAGGGGAGCCUUUCUUUCGCUGGUGAAUGCUUCCUACUCGUACUAUGCAUUGCUGGGUCAGAUGAACAAGCGGUCUGCAAGCUGAAGUCCAGUGGGUACUGA